AUGGGUGGGAAGGUCAGGUAUGCAACACCGUUCACCACUCCAACCGUGGACGUGAUCACCGAACAGCUGCACAAGGCUGGGUUUUCAAGGUGGGGUGAGGAGAGCGUCCUGAACGGGCAGACCGGCGAGCGGAUGAAGUCCCUGGUGUUCAUGGGGCCGACCUUCUACCAGCGGCUGGUGCACAUGGCGGAGGACAAGGUGAACUUCCGGAACACGGGGCCGGUGCACCCGGUCACGCGGCAGCCGGUGGAGGACAAGAAGCGGUUCGGCGGUGUCAAGUUCGGGGAGAUGGAGCGCGACUGCAUGCUCGCCCAUGGCGCCGCCGGCAACCUCCACGAGCGGCUCUUCACGCUCAGCGACUUCUCGCAGAUGCACAUCUGCCAGGCCUGCGAGCGGGUGGCCAACGUGAUCAUGAGGCCCGCCGAGGGCGGCCGCAAGAAGGUGCAUGGCCCCUACUGCAUGUUCUGCAGCUCCGCGGAGCGCAUCGUCCGGAUCAACGUGCCCUACGGCUCCAACCUGCUGUACCAGGAGCUCUUCAGCAUGGGCAUCUGCCUCAAGUUUGACACCGAGGGUGGUGUUACUACUACCACUACAGCAGCACCAGCGUCAGGCUCAGCAUCGCCUAUGCCUGACGAUCGUCCGACAACAUGUGCGUGGCAAGAUGGCCUACAGGAAGAAAGGCCGCGCAGGCAGGACCUUGAACCCACGCGUCUUCGGCCCGGACUGGCAGAACAAGUGGACUCGACGUCGUGCCUUGCCCAGCGUGGUGUCUUCCCUAUGGGUCUGAUUGAUUAA